AUGGAGGAAGAAGUGGCUAAAAUAAGUAUGUUGCAUUUAUUAGCUGCGAGUGAUUCAGAGAAAGCUUUACAAGCUGUUCGUGCAAUGCUUGAAUCGGGGCGAAUUCGUGCCGACCGUGUCGAAGUUAAUGGAUUAACUGCACUUCAUGUUGCCGCUGCUUAUGAUAAUCGAAAUAUGUGCAAAUUAUUACUUUCGUUUGGUGCCAAUCCAUUGCAAAAAGAUGAUUUUCAAAGGAAAUGCUCUAGUUGGGUGUCGGAAGCAAUUGUCCAACUGUCUGAAAGCACUGCCAAAGCACUGAUGUCGGAAGCAAUUGUCCAACUGUCUGAAAGCACUGCCAAAGCAUUGAUGUCGGAAGAUUCUGACUAUUGGGUGCUUCGAAGAAUUGCAGCAGCACUGCGGGAUAGAAAUCGCUAUUGGAGCGAUAUGGCCUUGAGAACGGCUUACAGCGCAUACUGCGACAGUUAUCAAGGAAUCAGCCUACUGGACGUCUUAGCGAAAAUUUUUGCUUCCCUUUUACUCAGUAGACUUAUGAACAGCAGGAUGCUCCCUCAAGCUGGAUUCAGAGCGCGAUUAGUGGAUGAAAUUUCACAUUUUCGCAAUCGCAUCCACCUUCGCUCAAAUAUCACUUCCAUUAUCAGUAUUUACAGAGCUAGUUGGAGCAUGUUCUUUGUCGCCCAUCAUGGACCAACAAUAUAUGGACUUAGACAAUGGAAAAAGGAAUGGCUUCUAUUACUGUCGAUGGCGGCAUCAGAUCGCACGGCUUGGAUCUUAUUCUUUUAG